AUGUUCCUCUCCUCGGGCCCUGGAGAACCCAGGAGCUCUGUAAAGACCAUCAGCCUUGCAUCUUCUCCUGCUGGUCUGGAGAAUUUACAAACCAAAGAGAAGAUUCCUACCUUAGCAGAAUUUCUGCAUCAUGUGCGGAGGCUCACUGGGCUGAAGAAAGAAGACGUGUUCUGUAACCUGCGUGUCCCAAACCAGUUUCAGACCUCACGCCAGGAGAUCGGCCUCAUCAUCCUCACAGGUGCUGCUGUGUACUGUAUAGAUGUAAAGGCAUGGGGAGGAAUGAUUUCUGCUCCUGCUCCCAACACGUGGCACAUCAAGGUGAAAGAGGAGGAGCAGAACUUUACUAACACAUCCAUUCAGCAGAUCCGUGAUCCCCUGCAGGCCAUCACGAUGAAAGCCCAGGAUCUGCGCAGCCACAUGCAGCGUUGUGGCGUGAACAUCAAGCCCACACUCUUUUUACCCAGAAUUCUCUUCCUCUCACCACACUGUCACCUGGAUGAAGAGCUAAGCAAAAGGAAGGAGCUGGUAUCUCACCGUGACAUGGAAACGUUUCUGUGCUCUCUCAGGGAGAGUUACGUCACCUGGAUCACAGACACCAUCACGCCCUCGUGGCUCUCAGGACACCUGUCCUUCAGACAGUUGGGGACGGUGCGAGAGCUGCUGGGACAGAUGGGGACGUGGGACAUGGUGCAGCUAAGUGACGGUACCGAGCUGAAGGGAGACUUUCAGGGUUGCCAGAACCUCGCUCUUGACAGACAGGAAACAGAUGUGCUGGAGUUCAGCAGAGGGCGGAGCCUAAGUACUGAUACACUAUGGGCUCUGCUGGGACACACACCACAGGUGACAGUGAAGAUGCACAAGCGAGGAGCUCACAGCUGGUGGGGAAAACCUCUCAGCGGGACGACUACCAUCCCGUCCAACACAUACAUCCUGUUCCGCAUCAGUGGAGACGACAAAGAUGCCAAGAUCCCGGCUACCAGCAUCCACACCGUCACGCUUAGCAUCUAGGGUUGGGGGGUCAGGGGUCAGGGGAGGAUAUUGCCAGUCCUCCACGAUCAAGAUCAAGAUCAAGUUUGGAUUGGAAAUUUUCUGGAUGCUAUUUGCAUAAACCUUUUGUAUUCAUGUAAAAGUAUGUUACUGUGGUGAUGCUGUUUCUUCUAUUAGAUCAUUCUAAAGAAGCUUUAUUUAUAAAGACACUUUUAUUUCGUCUUAUUAACAAACACAAUGUGAACAAUGUUGUACAAAACUAGUCUUCAUUUUUUGUGCAUGUGAGAUGGUGUGUAAUCGGCCGUGUGAUCGCGUGUUUGCGUGUCGGCUCGUUUAGCAGCUAGCCGGUUUCUCUCGGCCGUAAUUGCUCACUCAACAAACCAACGCGCUGCUCAUCUUGACACGUUUUUCAACACAGGAUCCAUUUGUGACCCGGCGGCAUUGUUAAAGCCUUCGGAGAGCAGCGACUGGAGCACAAGCUACGCAAACUGCGCUAAACUCGACUCGUGACACAAACGCACUCCUUCACCCGAGCACAAUGGAAAACGCUGGUGUUGUUAUGGAAAUAGCGGCGGUUCAGCUAAUUAGCGCGGCUCGUUUUCUCUUGUUUGGGAUGACGAGUCUAGUGUGAGCCCGUGCUUUGAAGCGGCAAAUUAAUUACCGAUUGUGUCGCUGAACUCAUAUAAGGAGUAAGCGCUAAUGCUAAUUUGAUGCAGGUGUGGAACUGGGACUGAUUGAUGCUGAAUGUAGAGACAUGUCGAGCUGCAGCACAGUCGAAAAGUUUCAGCUCAGUGAAAUUUCACUGUGAAUCUUUUUCAGGAACUCUUUUAAUUCCUGAUAUACUGAAUGUGAGUGUGAAUUUAACUAGAAUCUUGAUCUGAAUCUGAAACAUAUUUAAACGCCAUUGGAUUAAAAAGGCAUAUCUGAAUUUGGAUAUGAAUCUGAAUUGAAAAUUCUGAUCAAAAUCUGAAUCAAAACUCAAAUCAGAAUUUGCAUCUGCAGAUUUGCAUCUGCAUUUGCAUAGAAUCAGAUUAAUAAGAGUCACACUAUCUGAAAUGAAUUUUUAUUUAUAUCUGAAUUAGAAGUAAAUUUGCAAAUUAAAUUAAUUUGUAUGUCAGGUUUCAAAUAUUAAUCAAUGUCUUCCUGCGACUCAUUCACAGCUUUCUUUUAACAUUAAUGCUAACAGUUGGCAGUCUUAUUUCUGCGAUUUCUAUACCACUUUUUACAAUCAAUUAUACUUUCCUGUCAGUGCUAACAGUCUUACAUUACGCUAGCUGUUUUUCUACUCAGGAUUUAUUAUUACAGAGAAAUAAUUGCCAUUAUUUGUCGAAUCCAUUCACAGGGAUUUUUCUCUCAGUGCAUUGUCCUUCUUUCUUACUACCAGCGCUAACAGCUAACAGUCCCAUUUAGCGUCUCUGGUAUUGGCACUAAUGGAGUUGUUAUAGAUGUAGGCCGAGUGCCUUAAGCUAACGCGGAGAUUCAGAUCUUUGUGAAUGGCGGUUCUGAGGCUCAAACUGCAUUAUGUUGCACUCAGGUUUCACAAAGGGCUGUUUAUGAAUUUACCCCGGAGGACGUUUGGUGUCCGUGUGAGUUCUGAGCUUUGACACCGACUAGUCCGUUUUAUCGGUGAAGAACAUCGCAUAGCCAUGGGGUGACAGAAACAUAGCGGGUUCUUCAGGCAGGCAUGACGACAUAUGAUAAGGCUUUUCUUUUUUUUCUUGUUUCAUGUAUAGUGAAGAGAAAAUAGGUUGUAUACUCAUUUUUUCAAGCCAUAUGUGGUUCUUCCCCAAACAUUUCGAGGUACACGAUUGUAUCGGACGUCACUGGGUGUUUGAGCAUGAAAAUUUUCCUUCAAUUCAACUAGGAGACCCAAAACUGUUCCAGCAUGAUAUCUGUGCACAAAGCAGCUUCAUGAAGAUUGGGUUGCAGAGAAAGAUCUCCUGCUGUAGAGCUCAAAACCCUAUUAAUGAAUGUGGCACUGACUGCACCUCAGGCUUCCUUACCUCACCUGCAUCAGUACCUGACUUUACUAACAACCAUGUUGCUGAAUGAGUCUCCACAAAAUCUAGUGGAACAUCUCCUCAGAAGAGUGGAGCUUAU